CUUUCAUAUGCGACGGGUAUGAGAGCCCUUCUAUGUAAAAGCAGGUAUGGAUAUGGAAAAACACCCACAGCAACAAGCUCAAUCGAGCGCACAACGAAAUUCCAGGUCUCCAUGGAGGCGUAGUUUCAUUUUCUUCACUCUUUUCGUGUUCAAUAGCGCAUGGAUCUUGCGAACAUGGCUACGUCACACUCCCGAGUCGAAGCCGGAUUUCGCACAGGUACAGAAAUGCGCGAUCGACGCCCUCCACGAGGAUACCUCGUUUUUGGAUACCGCGUCGCCGAUCACUUCGGACGAGUUCUUGGAGAGAAGAGAUCGGCUUGCGCGGGCUUUGGUGGCGUCCGGCGCUGAUGCGUUUAUUGUUGAGCCGGGUUACACUUUUCAGUACUAUGGUAACACGUCACAAGUGGAUUGGGAGCCAUGGGAGCCGGAAGAGCGACCGUUCUUGAUGCUCAUUCUGCCCGUAGUCUCCGAGUCCGGGGCUGUCUCCGCUAAGACGGCGUUUCUUGCUCCGCACUUCGAGGAGGGCCGCGUGCGCAUGCUUAAUAUCCCGUCUCGGGAGCCCGAGCUGGAUAUCGUGAUUUGGGAGGAGCAUUGGGAUCCGUAUGCUACGUUGAUCCAGUCACGCCUGUUCGCUGAUUUCGCUGUGGAGGGGAAGAAGCCGAGGCUCGUGAUCGAUGAGGAGAUGCGGGAUUUUAUCGCUCGUGGACUCGCGGAUACUGGGUUUAAGACUUUGGGGUUGACUCCGGAGGUGGAGCUGGUGAGACAGAUUAAAAGUCCCGCGGAGGUGGAAUUGAUUCGUGCGGUGAAUACCGGGACGGUUGUGGCGUUGCGGGCUAUGCGCCCUUGUCUUGUCCCUGGGUUGACUGAGGACGAUGUGCGGGAUAUCCUCGACGCGUCGCUGUUAUCUGUUGGGUUUGGCCUUUUCUUUAAUAUUGUUCUUUUCGAGGAGGAUGGAGCGCUUCCUCAUGGUGGCUUCGUGGUUGGUCAGAAGAAGCUGACUCAUGAGACUAUGGUUGUAAUCGAUGUUGGUGCUCAUUACUUGGGAUAUUCUUCCGAUAUCUGUCGCAGUUUCUUUAUCGAUCCGGUGGUUGACAAAAGGCGAUCACCUCUCACCUUUUUAGCAGCAUUUGUUGAAACAAUAGGGUUGGGUACUAAGCGCGUCGAGAUAUCCGACCGCGACACUGAACUACAUACUGAAAAGUUGAAAGUAUGGGAUAUCGUGCUUGAAGCUCAAACAGCUGCUGCUGCGGAGUUCAAGGCUAAUAAUACUGCCGCGAACGUCGACAUAGCUGCCCGCAAGGUCAUAGAAGAUGCUGGGUACGGUUAUGGUUUUACGCAUCGCCUCGGUCACGGAAUUGGGAUAAAAGCACACGAGUCACCAUACCUGAACAAGUGGAACACGAAGGUAACUCUCCAACCGGGUAUGACUUUCACCAACGAGCCUGGUAUUUACCUCGAAGGAAAAUUCGGCGUUCGACAUGAAGAUAUAUAUCUUGUUAAGGAAGAUGGUGAUGCCGAGUUAUUGACUGGACGAAGGGCAGUGGGGCCUUAUGAUCCUUGAUGUGUACCUAACUCCUUAGGUCUUAUCAUCAAGAUUGGAUUAAUCCACUCGUUAUAAAG